AUGAAAACCCCAACAUUCAGCUUCGAAGCUUAUGUCUCAGACAAGUUGGGUCUGCACGAGGAGGACGAGGUCUACUGCAUUCCAUAUCAGACAAACUCCUGUAGGGAUCCGAACUGUCCCAAGCAGCAUGUCAAGCUGAGCACUGCCGUUGUGUGCAAACACUGGCUUCGAGGACUGUGCAAAAAGGGAAUCAAGUGUGAGUUUAUGCACGAAUACGACCUCUCGAGGAUGCCAGAGUGUUAUUUCUUCAGCAGCUAUGGAGAGUGCAUGAAUCCAGAAUGCAACUACAUACACAUAGACCCAAACAGCUCCUCGAAGGAGUGCCCGUGGUACAACCGUGGGUUCUGCAGAAACGGGGCAUCAUGCAAGAACAAGCAUGUAAGAAAGAAGCUGUGCUACAACUACUUCCUUGGCUUCUGUCCAAAGGGCCUAAACUGCGACUACGGGCAUCCCAAGUUCAACAUUAGCCCGGGGCGCGAGAUAUCCCGCAGUGACAUCAUCCAGAAGCCCUCGAAUCUAGCCAGUUCGUAA